AUGUCUUCACUUCCCGAGCGCUUCGUCAUCAUCGUCGAUGGCCAACACGUAAUCAAGCCAGAGCAUGACCCCAAUGAAAUCCGUCCCGCUGAAGUUGGAGACAAGUUCUUUGCCGCCACAUUUGAACUCCAGGGAGAUACUCUUGUCAGCGGUGACUGGGCCUUGGGCUGCAGCAAGCUUGCAGACAAGAUCACUAACAACAGAGCGCCUGCCUCGGCUGUUGUCUGGUCUAAAAAGGACCGGACACAGGAACUGUAUCCGGUGACAGUGAAGGAAGGGGAAAAUGGGCCCCAGCUCAGAUUUUCAUCGAGUGGUGAGGAAAGCCACCCCUUGACUCUCGUUGACAAGCAGCUUUUCUGUUACACCUCAGGUGCCCACGAUCAUGGCACAGAGGUCGAGAUUGUGGCCAGUCAGGAGUAA